UCACAAAUGUCUGCUAGCUGUUAGCACUCUCAUAGAUUUUUACUGAGUACUUUACAUACGUAUACAGACACUGAACGUAUAGGCAGCAUAAGAUGGCUUUGGGAUCAACGUACCAACACAAACUGGCUGAAAAGCUCAUGAUACUAAAUGACAGAGGCAAGGGAGUAUUGAUCCGUAUCUAUAACAUCAAAAAGACAUGCUCUGAUGCCAAGACAAAGCCUCCCUUUUUCACAGAUAAAUCAAUGGAGUCUUCUCUAAAAUAUAUCAGCAAGAAGUUUCCAAGCAUUGAUGUUCGCAGCAGCACGCAACAUCUUGGGCCGGUGCACAAAGAUAAAACUGAGAUCGUGAAAUAUUUGAAUGGUUACUAUUUGACAUUUUUGGAUGUGAUGGAGUUUAGAGAUCAUGUGUAUGAAUUACUGAAUACAAUUGAUGCUUGCCAGUGUUACUUUGACAUUAAUGUAAAUUAUAACUUUACGAAGAAUUAUCUUGACCUAAUAGUUACUUACGUCUCUGUAAUUCUGCUAAUAUCUCGAAUUGAUGACAGAAAAAUGCUUAUUGCUCUUUACAAUUGUGCUUUUGAAAUGCUACAAGGCCAGAGUGACCCAUCAUUUGCUCGUCUUGGUCAGAUGUUACUGGAAUAUGAGAACCCCCUGAAGAAGCUAAGUGAGGAAUUUGGACCUCAUACUAAGACAGUUACUAAUGCCUUGAUGUCCCUGCACUUCUUAUUUUGUCGGAGGACUCAGUCAGCAGAGCAGUGGAGAGGGGUCCAGUUAUUAAGCCUCCUUAGCAAUCCUGCAGCAAUGAUUUCUCCAUGUACUUCAGACACGAUGCCUUGUGAAUAUUUGUCUGUUGAGACAAUGGAGCGAUGGAUACUGAUUGGAUUUCUGCUUUCGCACAGUGCACUGAACACACACCCGGCAAGCCUGGAGCUUUGGAAACUGGCACUUCAGGGCUCCCACUGUAUCACACUGAUCCGGGAUGAUGUUUUGCUAAUUCACCGUGUUACUGAAGAUUUCUUUGGCAGCAUAAAAGGGUAUGGAAAACGAGUAGCAGAUGUGAAGGAGUGCAAAGAGCAUUUUAUGACAAACAGUGGCCAAUUUCACCGUGCCAGACGAAUGUUCCUCAGAGGGGCAGUGAAGGAAAUGGAGACUAUUUUAGCCGAUGAACCAGGCCUUUUGGGUCCAAAGGUUCUAUUUACAUUUAUGGCUUUAUCCUUUUGUCGUGAUGAGAUUAACUGGCUAGUGCGUCAUGCUGAGAACAUUACCAAAACCAAGAAUCCAGAAGACUACAUUGAUGUAAACAUAGCUGAGUUAAUGUUUUUAAUUGAAGAGGUCCGAGCACUCCUGCGGAAGAACGUGCCCAUCAUUCAGCGUUAUCAUCUACAAUAUCUGGCAAAAUUUGAUGCUUUGGUCCUCAGUGACAUUAUACAGAAUCUGACUGUUUGCCCAGAAGAGGAGUCUGUGAUCAUGUCAUCAUUUGUGAGCACAUUGUCUGCCCUGAAUUUAAAGCAAGUUGAAGACAAAGUGGCGUUUGAUUUUACAGCUUUGAGACUUGACUGGUUCCGGCUACAGGCUUAUACCAGUGUAGCAAAAGCCCCACUGUCACUUCGUGAAAACCCGGACCUGGGCAAAGUGAUGAACCUGAUAAUGUUUCACUCCUGGAUGCUGGAUUCCAUAGAAGAGCUGAUUACUGAGACCUCUGACCUAUCCAUUUUCUGUUUUCACGUUCGAAUGUUUGAGAAGAUGUUUCUGUUAACACUGGAAGAGCCGUCAGCUUUGCGUUACUCCAUUUCCUUUCCCCUGGCCUGUGUUCACUUCUUAAAUAGCACUCAUGAGAUGUGCCCAGAGGAGGCCCCUCAUCUGCUGAAUUGCAGCCUUGGGCUAUGUAACAACUUUCUGGAUGAAAUCAGCAAACAGGCCAGUAGCUGUAUCAUGGACAUCUGUGCUGAGCAGUGUAACCUCAGUGAAAAGCUGCUACCAAAACAUUGUGCAUCAACCAUCACCAAAGCCAGGAACAAGAGAUUGAAAAAAACACCACCCAAGAAAGCAGAGCCUGAAAGAGAAAAACCAGGGACCGAAAGUCAACGUAAGAACCGCAGUGUAACAACAAACAUGGACAAACUUCACAUAACACUUUGUGAACUCUGCCUGUCUUUAAACCAUAAGCAGAAAAUCAUGAUAUUUGACCAUGUGGUAACUCCAAUUGAGUAUCUGAGCUCCCACAUUGAGAAGAAAUUUGGGCGAGCCUUGGUUUUAUUGGUUAACUGGAAACCAAAUACUCGGGAGAUCCAACGUCCUUCAGAGGUUCUGAGUGCAAUGCGCUCUUAUCUCAGCACUCUGCAGUCCAUUUCCCACCUCGUAAAUAUUGAUGUUACCCGUACUAUUCGGAAUACCCUUUUACAACAAACCCAGGCACUGGAUGCGAAUGGAGAGCAAACCAUUACUGCAAUUUAUACCAACUGGUUCCUGGAAUGUCUCCUUCGUCAGGCUAGCGCGGGGUUGGUAGUGUAUUCUCCUACAAUGAAAUGCUUCAUUGAUAUACCCACAGAAAUGAGUGGCGAACAAGGACUUAAUGCUGAUGAAUACACAGAUGCAUCAGAGUUAAAGGCUUUAGCAGAGAUGAUUGGUCCCUACGGGAUGAAGUUUUUGAGUGAGAAUCUUAUGUGGCAUGUGACAUCUCAAAUUGGAGAGUUAAAGAAACUUGUUGUUGAAAACAUGGACGUACUGGUACAAAUCAGAUCCAACUUCAGCAAUGCCGAACUGAUGCCAACUCUGCUAAGCAAGCUCAGCUCUCCAGAAAGCUUGUUGAAAAGAAUGACCAUUGUUGGAGUAAUUUUGUCCUUUCGUUCUCUGGCAUUGGAAGGCCUUAGAGAGGUUUUUACAAACCACUGUCCUUACAUGAUGGGUCCAAUUGAAUUUCUUAAAGAUUGUGUUACUCCUGAUCUUGACAUACAGGUCACUCUCAGCAUAUUUGAGUUGGCAACCUCAGCGGGUAUCCCAUGUGAUGUUGACCCCAGUCUUGUGGCAGCCCUGUCAAACAUGAAAACAGAAAGCUCAUCACUGGAGGAAGAAUAUAAGUUGGCCUGUCUUCUACAAGUAUUUAUAGCCAUUUCCCUCCCACUCCUAGCUGCCGAUUCCCUUUCUGUUUACAACAUUCAAAAUGAUGGUUAUAAUAACAAUAUUCAUUGCCUGGCCAAGGCAAUCAUUCAAGUAUCUGCUGCCUUUUUUACUAUCUACCACAAGAACAUUGAGAUCCAUCUUAAGGAAUUCUUGCUGAUGGCAUCAGGGAGCCUGCUGCACCUCGGGGAAGUAACAGACAAGCUAAAAGCCAGGAACCGAGAGUCUAUUUUACUUUUGCUUCAUCUUAUUGUGGAAGAGUCUUCCUUCCUCACUGUGGACAUGCUGGAAUCCUGUUUUCCUUAUGUGUUGCUCCGGAAUGCCUAUCAUGAAGUCCACCGGACCUUUCCCACCAUAAUGUCUCCCUGAUUGAUGUUAAAGAAUGUGCCAGUUACUAUAUUAAUAUGCAUUUAUGAAGUGACCACCAUAUAGGGUCUAUUGCUUGUAAAACCUUUAAUAUUCAUCAGUGAUCACUAAGGUCUCAAUGCCACAUUCUUCAUUCUCUACAAUGCACAGAAUAAUGUAAUCAUUUCCAAAUAACUCCCACUGUGAGAUUUCUUUCUAUAUCAUGUUUAAUAGCAGAGUAACCAAACCAGUGUUUUCAGCAGAAGCAAACCCCAAAUAAUAACUGCAGAACAAACACAGAGGAUCCUGCUGCCAAUUAUAGAUGCCUGCAGCCAUUGUAAAUCUCACACCGCAUUGCUUUUAAAAUGCCAAAGUUGUCAUUGUUUUUCUGUCUUCUCAUUUGUUUUUCUGGACACUUCACUGAAAUCUAAUACAUGUACUAAAUGAUAUAUAAUGGUCCAUUAGCUGAGGAAAAGUUCUACUAAAAUCAAUGAUUUUAUGAGCUGUAAAGAGCCACCUUUAUUUCUUUUUGUUGUUUUGUAAUCUGCUUGCAUACGUCAGUUUUGCAAGUACUCCAGCAGAAUUUAUUUUUUUAUUUUUUUAACAUGCCCAGGCUUGCUGAAACAAAGAAAAACUGUACUUACCUUCCUUGGUCCCCCAUAUACUCCAUUAUCACUGGUCCUGGUCUCCUCCGGGCUCCACUUCCUAGUGCUGGGGGUCAAUAUGUCACAUUGCCGAUCAGCCAAUCUCUAGCUGAGGCAGGACAUGGCUGUGAUGGGCGGAACCUUAAUGUGACAUACUGACCCCCAGAAGUAGGAAGGGGAGCAUUUAAGCAGACAGCCUGGGCAUAUAAAUAAAAAAUAAAAAUAAAAAAAACUUUCUGCCGGAGUACGCAUUGAGCAUACAGGGCAUCCUGUUAUAGAGCAAGAGAGGCUGGGCAGAUUGAUAUAACAUUUUCUGACAAAAUAUUCAGGAUAAUUUGUAUUUUAUUUUUCAUGCAAAUCCUUGUUCAUUCUGAACUUAUAAGCCCAGUGGGUGGUCCUUUUCAGUGACAGCUACCCCUGUAUGCACAGUCAUAUGUGAAAGGUUGUCAAUCAGUAAGAAGGACUCCUACAGGACUUACAAGAGGUUUAAAUUAAAGGAGUACUCCGGGAUAAAAAAAAAAAAAACACGUAAGGAUAGGGGAGAAGAUUCAGAUUGCGGGGGUUCAACCACUAGGACCACCCGUGAUCUCCCAUAUGGGGUCCUUGGCUCUUUGCUGAAAUAGCUAGUUUUGACCACCGCAUGAUCACGCCCCCUCAAUACAUCUCUAUGGCAGAGGCAGAGGCUGCCGAAUGUAGUGCUCCGGCUAUACAGAUGUAUUGAGGGGGCGUGUCGGCUGCUGCGUCAUUCAGUGGUCAGGCAUGCCUCCUUGCCGCUGUCUGCCGGGGUCCCGUACAGGUGAUCGCGGGGGGCCUAGCGGUCGCCCCCCCCCCUCCCCCUGCGAUCUGAGACUUAUCCCCCAUUCUUAGAAUAGGGGAUAAGUUUUCUUAUCCCGGAGUACUCCUAUAAGUGACUAAAAUGUCAUAUUGAAAAUUUUCCUGCAAAACUACCAGUAUAUAUCAAUCUGCUCAGCUCUUCCUGCCCGCAGAUAGGAGACAAUGUUCAAAUAAAUAGGUUAACUUUAAUGAAUGAUAAUUUUUGCUGAAUUUAUAUGACAUCACUUUUGCAUAAUAUCUCAGAACUUCUUUUAUGAUCAUCAUAUAAAAUAAAGUAAUAAAUUAAG